AUGUCGGAUAUCGAGGAUGACAUGGAUAUUGACGCCCCGCCCGCAAAGCACUCCCUAUCCUUUGGCUCGGAAGACGUGAAGGGCAAAAGAAUACAGGCGGAUCUGCCAGUGGAAGCGGAAGACAACUUGCCAUGGGUCGAGAAGUACCGUCCCAACACGCUCGAUGAGGUGUCGGGCCACCAAGAUAUCCUUGCGACUAUCAACCGAUUCAUCGAGUCAAAACGAUUACCGCAUCUCUUACUCUACGGCCCCCCAGGAACGGGGAAAACAUCCACAAUUUUGGCGUUGGCGCGACGAAUAUACGGCAAUAAAAACAUGCGACAGAUGGUUUUGGAGCUUAAUGCUAGUGAUGACAGAGGCAUCGACGUGGUCCGGGAGCAGAUCAAGACCUUUGCCAGCACAAAGCAGAUAUUCUCGAUGGUGGCCGGCGGACAGUCGAAUACCGGACUUGGAGCUUUCAAAUUAAUCAUCCUCGACGAGGCGGAUGCCAUGACUUCCACGGCGCAAAUGGCGCUUCGGCGAAUUAUGGAAAAAUAUACAGCCAAUACGCGAUUCUGCAUUAUCGCCAACUACUCGCAUAAACUCUCUCCAGCAUUGCUUUCUCGGUGUACGAGAUUUAGGUUUAGUCCCCUGAAGGAGCAGGACAUUCGGGUUUUGGUGGACCAGGUCAUUGAGAAGGAGGAGGUGCGGAUACACCCCGACGCGAUAGAUAGCUUGGUGAAGCUAAGUAAGGGGGAUAUGAGACGGGCGUUGAACGUCCUCCAAGCAUGUCACGCCAGCAGCAUACCCUUACCGAUGCGAGAUGGCUCCAAAGACAAACAACCAGCUGCCGAGCCCGAGCUGAUCACCGACGACACCAUUUACACGUGCAUUGCGGCGCCGCGGCCCGCUGAUAUCAGGGAGAUCAUGGAAACGCUGCUCUCGACGUCGGACGUGACGUCGUGCCUGAACACCAUCCAGACGAUGAAAUCCGGCAAGGGGCUGGCGCUGGCGGACAUCCUGACGGCGCUGGCGUCGGAGCUGCAGCAGAUCGAAGUCCCGGCGCAAACGCGCAUUGCGUGGAUGGAAGGCCUGGCGGACGUCGAGUGGCGGCUCGCGGCGGGCGGGUCGGAGAUGCUGCAGACGGGCGGGCUGGUGGGCGUGGUCCGCGGCGGCUGCGAGCUGGUCGGCGGCGAUGCGGAUAUGCACAUGCGGAGUUGA